CCAUUAUUCAACCAUUCAUUUGUGAAAUUACUGAUUUUGAUAUAGAAGUUGGUUAUCAAUCUUAAGCAAUCUAUGUUUUUACUAAUUGCGACUCUUAGAUUGGCGAACUUCUAUUCAGCCUCCUUUCAUACGAAAGUUUUGUUUUGAAUAAAAGCUGCUGCGAUAACUUUAUUAACUAAUGUCUGUCUCCGAGUGCUCCAUGUGUUUAUCAACUAUACCUCCCGUCUCUUUAUACCGAUGUGAAACGUGUUCAUCCGACCUGGAAAAAGGAUCGACCCCAGAAAUCUUCUGCGAAAUAUGUGUUUUUCCACACAUCCGGAAACAGCAUUCUGUAAUCGACUCUAAAGGUAAGGAGCCUUUUGCGUGCCCCCAACAUGCCUUGCCGUGCCUCGAAUACUGCCACACUUGUGAUGUUCCGUUAUGCUGCAAAUGUCUGACAAAGCAUAGUCAGCAUACAUUUCAACCAAUGGAGGAAAAAGCUGCCAUAGUUAAAGCUCAAGUGUUUGAAACCUUGACAUCUUUAGAGUUGAAAGAAAAACCUCUGCGGCUUAAAAAAGAAGCAAUGUCAAACACAGUCCAACAAAACUUAGACGAAGGAGAAGCUUUGAGUAGAAACCUAGAACACGAGUGCAAAAAUCUACAAGAAAGUCUUGUGCCAGAAAUCAAAAAUACUUCGAAGGUCAAUUACGAACGAAACAGAAAGUUAGCAAAUUUUUGCGAAAAACUAAACAACACUCAGCAGCGUGUUCGAGAUCUGCUCAGCCAAUCAAACGCCGAGUUGAUUCAAAAUUACAAAACUGUUUUGCAAGAAGUCGAAACGUAUGACAAAACCCAUGAAGAAUCCAUGCUCAUUCAGGACCGUAAUACCGAACUGUUGUCGAAUGAAUCGCUGGUUCAAAUGUUUAACCGGUUCAAACUAGACCUUAUUAGUAGAAUUUCAAUUUCACAGAAACUCACAUAUUUCAAUGUAGCAGGACGUUCAAGAGAAACCUUGUACAGGGUAUGUGACCUUGGUCUUGGCAGAAUCAAAGUGUUAUAUAUCGAGGAAUCUGAAUGCAGCAACAAAAGUAUAGUUAGUGCUGAACGUAACUAUACUUUGAGCGAAAACAAUUGCGUCACGCACGUGUUUCCAAUUUAUUUAGUCAAUGGCUUCAAUAUCCUUAUCCUGUUCACCCACCGAAUCGCAAAAACAUGGUGUGAUGGCAAAAUGAGCUCCUCUUGUUAUCCGGAUGUUGAUUUUUUUCUAUGGCCUUACAGCCUUGAUGGCCAUACAAUCCAUUGGUCGGCCUGGGAUCCAUCAGAAACAAAAAUAGUUUUCACCAGUCACGAAAGUUUUCACGUCACUUGCUCAGAGUGUCCCAAAAUCAGUAUGAGCAGUUCUUGCCAGCUGCAGUUGGGCUUCUUUGAAGAAGGGUGCCAAAAAUUGUUUCUCGUCAAUUUGGGAAAUCAAGUAGUCGACGAGAUAGAAAAAAGUCAGCACACCUUAAAUACAAUUGAUUGCGUUUCAUUUUUGUCAGAAUACAGACUAGUAUUGUGGUCAACAGAAGGAAAUUCAGUUAUUGUGUUGAACACAAGUCCCAAAUACUGCGUUGAGACGGAAUUUGAAAUGGUCGAUCAAAAAAUUUUCAAGAUAAUGGCGGCUUUUUUCAAAUGGUUUUUCGGGAUGGCGAUGUUUCCUGGACAGUCAUACCAUUGAUAAGUAAUGACUGUGAUGAAGAAAAGAGAAGAAAAUCUGAUUACAUGUUUGGUGUCUGGCAAGAAUCUGCCAACUGGCGCCAAUUUUUGUACCUGGGCAUUGAAUGUAAUUCAUGCAAAGCGCAGAGAUCAGCAUCUUGUUUUGAAAAAGAGGCGCAUUUUGCAUCAGAUCAAGAUGAGACAACUACCGAUGAAGAGACUGAAGAAGAGAUUGAAGAUGAAGCGCCGUCUCGAAACUCGCAUGAGAAUCAAAUGAGUCAUGGUUUCCAAGCGGAUCCUUCAACUCGAAAUAUGACGUUGCAGAAGAACACAGUUUUCGAUGUAGCAGGUUGUUCAAGAGAUACUCUAUACAGAAUUUGCGACAGCGGAUGCGGUGAAAUCAAUGUGUCAUAUUUAGAAGAGGAUGAAUUUGAUAAAAGCUGCAUCUUUAGUCCACAGCGUAGCUACUUGCUCAAGGAAAACGUUUCCGUUACUCACGUUUUUCCAUUAUAUUUGGUAAACUCUUUCAACAUCCUUAUUCUGUUGAGCGACCUUAGUGCCAAACUUUUUUACGGAGGAAAAUUAAGUUCAUGUAAUUACCCAAAUGUCGAGGCCUUUCUUUGGCCAUAUUCUCUUGGGGGCGAGGAUAUUUACUGGUCGGCAUGGGACCCAAUCGAAAAAAGAAUAUUUUUCACAGGCAAUGAGAAUUUUGGCUUCAAUUGCGCAGCACGCCCAAAAAUUAAAAUGAGCAGUUCACGGCAACAGCUGCUGUGUUUCAUUGAAAAACGACAACAAACUAUUUUUUACGCGAACUUAGUGGAAGAAAGUUUUAUGAAGAUAGAAAAAUGUGUUCAUAAACUUGAAUCCAUUGAUUGCGUUUCAUUGUUAUCAGGAAAUGGAAUAAUUCUGUGGUCAAUAAAAUCAGAACUGAUUGUUUUUUUGAAUAGAGCCUCUAGUAAAGCUGUAUUCGAGGUGGUCGCUCAGAAAUCUUUUCAAAAUGAUAAUUUUUUUCAACUGGAAAUUCCAUGUGAAGAUCGGUUCAUGUACACAGCUUUACCUUUUGUAAGAGAUGACUGUAACGAAGAAAGAAACCCAUCUGACUGCAUGUUUGCAGUCUGGAAGGAAUACACUUAUUGGCAAAAGUUUCUUCAUCUGGGCCUUGAUUGCUCAGCUAUGGCAGAUGAAACCCAAAUCAAAACGUGCUCUGUGAUUAAAUUUCUCUCAGAUGUAUAAUUUUUAGUUGAAAUGAUUAAAUUCAUAUGUUUGUACUUAUUUUACAUAUAUGUAAAUCACUG